AUGCCCCCUCUGCUGUCCACCACACCCCCGCCUGUCAUCCUUUGGUGGCAUCUUACUCCAAACGCCAGUUCCAUCCCCUCCAGGCUUCUCCCCGUCCCCGGCUCCAUCCUCUCUCCAUUUAAGCCUAAGGGCAGCUUUGCUAGAAGACAGCCCGCCCUGCAGGAACAGAAAGCCUGGACUUCCACUGUGUUCACCACAAUCAGCGCCCCGGGCCGCGGGGGUCCCAUCCUUCCCUUAGACCGACUCUGGAAGGACCCCGAGAAGACUCUGGAAGUCUUUACCGGAUACUUCUCUGUGCCCCACGGCGUGGGUAAAAGUGCAGGGGCGGCCACGGGCGAGGAAGGCGUGGCGCGGCUCCGGACGACUAGGACGUGGCCGGCGGGAAUCCCGGAGGGCGGCCCGCAGGUGGCGGCGCGGGGCGGCGGGCGGGGCCGGGAAGGGGGAGGGCUCGGCGCGCGUCGGGCGGUGACGGCAGCGCGGAGGGGAGGUGCGAGCCGCCCGCUCGCCGGGGAGCCAUGGCGAGAGGCCGCGCCGCGGCGCCCGCAUCAGUGCCCGCGUCCGCAGCAGCGCCCCUGCCCGCCGCCCCGGGGCCCACCCGGCCGCCGCCCCCGCUCGCCCCGAGACUUUGACGCCCGUGCGCCUCGAGCGAGGCGUCCCCUGGCGCGGGGCCGCGCGCGGGAGAGCCCGAGUGCAGCCUUAGCGUCCCCGAGAGUCUCGAACGCCCCGACGACCCCCGCGUCUCCAAACCCCGGACUCCGAGCCCAGGAGCGCCAGGGCGGCAGGCGGGCAGUAGGAGGCGGCGGCGCCGGAGCGGAGCCACCGCGAGUGCCCCCGUGCCGCCCGGCCGGCUGCAGCGGAGGGAACCGGAGCAGCCGGGCGGCCGGGGUCGGGCCGACAACGACGCGGAGGAAGCCCCCACCGAGGCCCCUGGGGACCGCGCCUGCUGCCGGAUUGCGCUCCGCGCCCCUCUUGCGGGAUUUUAAAAAUAAAAAUCUUGUGUAAGAGACAGAGCAAAGUACCAAGAUUGCCUCAGCUAGAGGAGCCAGUUUUCUGUGGAUUUGGACCAACCUGUAACCUGAGCCGUGCACAGCUGCCAUGAAUAGAACAGGGGCCUGGUGAAGGGCACCUUCUGCCACUUUGGCCGAUUCAGAUCCAGCAACCUCCUGGCUGGCAGUGAUCAUGAAGAUGGGAACUAGGGCACCGGUGCAUUUUAAGGUUUGCCCUUCGCCCCUUGGUUGGGUUAUUUUUACCACCUUUGAGCUCUUCUGAUUUGGCUGCUGCUUCUCUUACUGCUCUGCCACAGUGCACCUUUUGUUGGGAAGUCAGACCUGUGGCCAGCUUUUGGGUAAAAUACUCCUUGGAGCCUCCUCAUCUUUAAAAUAUAGAUAAUACUCAUGUACCCUGGAAGUUGUGGAGACUGACGAAGAUAAGGUUUGUUU